ACUAUGUUAUAACGUCUAGAGUUGGCGGCAUGGAUGGUAAACAUGAUACAAUUUACUUGCUUCCUAUCGUGCCCAAAAAUCCGCGACCAUAGAUAACUUCGUGCCCCGAGACACCCUGAGCUUGAGUAGUGAAUCUAAUAUCUUCCUCUUCUCUCCGCACAAGUUAGAAAGUUCACUUUGCGCGCGAUCAUGUCACUUUUGUCCAACGUCACCAUCCCUUUCGAGGAUAUCCCGCCCAAUUCCUCUAGAAAGGUGGAAAUUGAUGCCCCUACGAAGGUAGUCACCUGUCUACUAUUUGCGCUGCUACUUUGGCGAGCAUGGAGGUUUACCAUAAUUCCUUUGUUGCACCCGAGCCGUCCUAAGGAGUUUGCCUACUGGAUCCCAUUCUUGGGUCAUGGCCGGGCCUUUUUCCGAGAUUCAAACGGUCUGAUUGCUAGAGCUAAACAACAUUUUGAUGCCCGUGAACCUUUCGCAUUGACGGCUUUCGGGGUGACUUUCUAUGUGGUGACAGAGGCAAAACACUCCGCCGAAGUCUAUCGAAACACGGAGACGCUAUCUUUUGAGGACUUCGUACAGACUCUCAUGAGAACAAAUGGUAACAAUGAGAGCGUUAUAAAGACCAUGUAUUCUGCACUGCCUGUGGAUAAGGCUGGCUUCCCAAACCCCCAAGGCGAGUCACUUGGUGUCUUGGCCCAGAGAAUGCAUGCCCAUCAGCUCAAUCCAGGCAGUGAAUUGGUCAUCAUCCAACGGAGGGUUCAGGCCUGGAUAGACGGCCAUUUACACUUAGAUCCGCUACGAGAAAUAUGCACAUACGCUAGCCCUCAAAGCUCGGUACAUAUCGAGCUCCCACUUUAUCAGUGGUGCUCUGACUACUUUAUCCGAUUAGGACAGCAGGUCUACUUUGGACAAUUGUUGGACCAGGUUGACCCCGGGCUCCCAGAAGCUUUCUUGGUGUUUGACGAACUUAUCUGGAAGAUGCUGUACCAAUACCCCAGCUUCGCAUCUCAUGAUAUGUCAUGGCCGAGAGCCCAGGUCAUCGCGUCACUCAAGAAAUACUUCCAGACUCCCCAGAGCCAGAGGAGGGAUGGCGCUGCGUGGUUAGUCAAUACUCUGGAAGACGAAAUGAGGGCACUCGGAGUCGACGACGACAACUUGGCCGUCGUGAUAUUCCAUAUUUACUUGGCAAUUAAUACCAACACCCGGAAGACUGCUUUCUGGGUAAUUGCUUACCUGCUGUACAACCCUGCCCACUUGGCGGCAUUCCGCAAAGAGACAGAGGCAGCUUUUAGCGGUGAUAGUCUAGUCGACCCCUUUUACAUACAAGAUCCGGCCAAGUGUCCGCAAGUCGACCGCAUUUGGCACGAGACGCUCCGACUCUCUGGAUGGGCGGCCUCGGUCAGACUCAUCAUGCAGGACACGAUCAUCGGCGGCAAGCUGAUGCGCCAAGGCAACCGCGUCAUGGUGCCGCAUAGGCUGCUGCACUUUGACGAGGGCGUCUUUGGCGAGGACACGCACGUGUUCCGGCCCGAGCGGUGGGAGAAGGAGAAUCUAACGCGGAGCCCGUCCUGGCGGCCAUUUGGGGCGGGCAAAACCAUGUGCAGCGGUCGGUUCCUGGCCCGCUACUCGGUGACGGUCUUCGUGGCCACAGUGCUGCGACGGUUCGACGUCGAGUUGGUAGGGAACCCUCCAUUCCCGCAUGCCGAUGAAGGCAGGCCGGUGUUGGGGACCAUGUCCAUCAAGGAAGGUCACGAUAUCAAGGUGAGGCUCUCACCGAGGGCCAAAUUUGAUUGAAUACUGUGUUGGAAUGUGGACAACGUUUUCUUUCUUCUCCCUUUUUCCUUCUACUUUCUCCUAUUACAUUUCUUGUUUUCUUCUCCUUCUUCUUUUUCUGCUCGUUUCUUUAGCCAGUAUG